CUCUCUAUGAUCACUUGCCUGUAUCCCCCCGUUAUUGGUGCAUCUGAUUUUCUAGAUCGUACCAGUUGCUUGGAUUCCUUACAUACAAGCCGUUGUCUGGUCCGUGCGCUAAGAUAGUGAUGAGUAGGUUGUCAUCGUCGACGAUCCGCCGAGCUGAUCCAGUCCAAAUUUUCUUUGGGGCAUACGGCGCAGCAGGGGGCACAACUACCUUGCUUGGAAGAUGCUUCUUUGUCUUACAUUAAAUUACUUGUGAAUCUGCACCUGAAAGGUCCUUGAGGCUCAGAACUUCCCUGAGUUUUAUAUGCGAUGUCCUUGGCGGAUGUCCCUUGGAAUCAUCCCGGUCUUUUGAAUCACCCUCUCCCUGCUAGGCAAAGCUCCACAACCAACUUAUAUCACCACCACUCUCCCCAUUCAUCAGCCUUUUUCGACCCCGGGUAUUCUCAUCCACCAAGUGCCGUGUAUCCUGGAAAUUCCGCUUUCUUCAACAUGAACACCCUCUCCACAGAAGAAAUGGAGCGGUUCCAGAAACUGUCCAACGAGUUUGAACCGGACAUCCAGGGCCCUCUAGUGUCAACAAAACAACCAAGCACUGCUAUCGCCAUGGAUUAUGCGAGUGCUGAUCCUACUUUUGUCGCAAAAACUAGCGCGCUUGCAGUAACCCACCCAUUCUCCCGUAUUAUGAAAGGGGAUGGCAACUGUGGCUGGAGAGCUGUCGCAUUCGGAUAUUUCGAGAAUCUUUUCAACCUGCGCGACCCGCUCCGACUGCGCCAUGAGCUGGACCGGAUCAAGUCGUUGAAUUCGCUCCUUGAUCAGGUCGGCCAGGAGGAAGCAUUAUAUGAAAUUUUCGUGGAUGCGACAGAAGAGCUCUUUAAUCAAAUAUCAGACGCGAUACAGAACGGCAUCCGCGAUGAUUCCUUUCUCGUAGACGCUUUCAACAACGAAUACAAUUCGAGUGCCAUCAUAACGCAUUUCAGGCUUCUGACAAGUGCAUGGAUGAAACUCAACCCUCACCGUUACCAAGCUUUUCUCUCGCUGCCCCUGGAGCAGUAUUGCGCAACCCGAAUCGACACGGUCAGGACGGAGAUUGACGAAGUCGGCCUCCAAGCUUUGGUUGACGGUGUGAUCGAGCGAGCUGGGUUCGCGGUUGAGAUCUUAUACCUCGACCGCAGCGAAGGCGAUGCAGUGACUCCUCACAUGUUGACUCCCUCCCGGCCAAACGUUGUGACCAUUCGUCUACUAUAUCGCCCGGGCCACUAUGAUUUGCUCUACCAAGCUGAUCCUACUGUGAAUAUGGAGCCUGUGGUCAAUUAUCAAUACGCGAUGACCUCUAACUACACCCCCUGGGACCAAGGUGCGCUCUCAUUCGACGUGAAUUCGAGUCUGAUGUCAAUCCCGAAUCUCAUGAUGGAUCCAACUUUUGGGCUUGGUCCUCCUCCGAUCCCUGCCGCACCGGCCAGUCCGUUCGAAAUCUCGUCGGCUCCAGAUGUCUAUCAACCUCCCAUGCACACCUCGCCGCCUGUCCCUGUGGCAUCUCCCCCACCUCCUCGGAUGUCAGCACCUCCACCGAUGAGCUCUUUACCCAGCCGCUCGUCCGACGGGCCACAGAUUCGGCUAAAUCCGCUGGUUAUGAAACCUAAUCUAAGCCAUUCUCUUCCGGUCACGACGCCAUUUAAAAACUCUCCCUAUAAUCAAGCUCAUUUCCAGAACCAAGACUUUGAGCCAAUUCAUUGGGAACCUAGUGAAUCUCGCAAAUGAUUCUCGAUUAUGUUCCUAAUUCUGAUACUUCAAUACCCCAAAUUCGGGUCGCUACGGAGCAUCACGUCCAAAUCUUU